AUGGAGUGUCCACAUUUGGAGAACAGCGUAAGAAUAUUUUCAGUACCAGUAAAAUGUGAAAAUAAUCCGCCCGAAUUUAGUUGCUCAGUUUGUGUAACUGAUAAUAGUCCAUGGAUUUGUCUUUCAUGUGGUGUUGUUUACUGUGGCAGAUAUGUUAAUGGCCAUGCUAAAGAUCACCAUGAAAAAACACAGCAACAUUCUGUAUGUAUGGAUUGCCAUAACUUGAUGGCUUAUUGUUAUAUAUGUGAUGAGUUUGUGAUAAAUGAUACAACUGCUGGUAAUCUUGAUAAAUUACGUAAACACUUAGAAUCACUUUCCCGAUUAAAACCUACACUCCAAACACAAAGGUUAGUAGUGGGAUUGCUUGAUGAUAAAAAUGGUGAAAACGGUCCAAGAUCGUCUGGUUUACGUAAUCUUGGCAACACUUGUUUUAUGAAUGCUGUUCUUCAAUCUUUAAGUAAUAUCCAGCAUUUCUGUGGUUAUAUAAAACAACUACCUUCACUAGAAGAUAAGAUUAUAAAGUGUCGUAAAACUCAAAUUAAGAAAACUCGUGAAUCCGGUGAUACUGUUUUAUUAGUAGAAGAGUUAAGAAAAACACUAGUUUCAUUAUGGCAGGGUAGUAAAACAUCUAUUUCUCCAGAAUCUCUCUUUUCAGUUAUAUGGAAAGUUGUACCAAGAUUUCGAGGGUAUCAGCAACAAGAUGCACAUGAAUUUAUGAGAUAUCUACUAGAUCGUUUGCAUACUGAACUACUUCAAUUACUACCAUAUCCUAAUAGUAAUAGUCCUUUUAUUGGACCCAAGGGAAAAAGUACUAUAGUCACUGCUAUAUUUGGUGGAUUACUUCAAAAUGAGGUUAUUUGUCUCAUCUGUGGAAUGGAAUCUAAGAAACAUGAUCCAUUUUUAGAUUUAUCACUUGAUAUUCCUUCCCAGUUUUAUAGUCGAACAAAUAAACCUAAAGAAGGGGAAACAGUAUGUAAAUUAGCAGACUGUUUAGAAAGUUUUACGGAUGUUGAAGAAUUAGAAGAAUCUGAACUAUAUAUGUGUAGUAAUUGUAAAUUAAAACAACGCUCUACUAAAAAAUUCUGGAUAAGAAGACUACCAAAUGUGCUCUGUUUACAUUUGAAAAGAUUCCGAUGGAGCUCUCAUCAUAGAGUGAAAGUGGAAACAUUUGUUGAUUUUGAUUUGAAAGGAUUAGAUAUGAGCCACUAUGUGUUAGAUAUGUUGGUAGGAAGUUCAGCUGGUAGUAAUUUAUACGAUCUGGCAGCAGUUAUAGUACAUCAUGGAUCAGGGGCUGGCUCAGGUCAUUAUACCGCGUAUGCAGUGCAUGAAAAUCAAUGGUAUCAUUUUAAUGAUAGUACAGUAACAGCAUGUGAUAUUGAAACUGUAUUGAAGUGUAAAGCAUACAUUCUAUUUUAUGUUCGUCGUGAAAUACGUUUACCUGAUUACCUGCGAUUACCUACAAAUGGUGCUGUUAGUUAA